ACCCUGGUUUAACCCCCAUAUAUUUGAAUAACAAACCAUGUAUAGUCAUCUAAACACACUGUGUGUCUGAAUGAGACUGCUGGAGCGUUUGGUUUAUCCAAGGCGAUACGUCAUUGCGAGCUGCUGCGAUUGGCUGGAUCCCGCUCCUUUUCCUCCACAAUUUGCAACCACGACCGGUCUUCGCCUCUGGAGCAGCGACAUCCCACAGUAGAGGCAGGUGGACUUAUUUCCCUCCAGAGAAAUGAAUGCAUUUUAGCGCGCGCAUUCGCAGGGCUGGACAUUUCCGUUCGCUUUCAGUCUCCUCUAUUCUUUCCUGCAAUAAAGACACUGCCUGAACCGGACUAAAUGAGUGCCAGGACCUCGGAGAAACGGGCGCUUUCCAUUCCCCACUGUGCCUUAAACGGAACCGCUCUGACCGGCAAUGGCACCUGCUUUGACCGGGUGGACCAACUGUUCCAGGCGUUCUCCUCCACCGUCGUGCUUUUUGUGCUCAUCGCGAUGAUCGUUGGGAUAAUAAUCGUGUCCGUCACGACCUUCCACUUUCACAAAAGCAAGAUGAAAAAGCGCAAGAUACAGAAAGCCCAGGAGGAAUACGAGCGCGACAACUGCAGUCCCAAAGCGGCCAAAGGCAAGCCGGUGGUCCGGCAGUGCAUCAUGGUGAGACCCCCCGCGGGAUCGCGCAAAAGUGAUCCAAACACGGAGGAUCCUGGCGUGACAGAGGACGUGAGACACUCGGGACAGACCAAUGAUGAGGACUUGUUGGAAUCGGUCGCUGUGUCUUGAUAACGCAGUGGCAGUCUUUGGAAGACGCUGUAAAUAACCUCUGUAUUCCCUAUGAUAUUACCUACGGAUUAUAUCGAUUCUUUGUAUAAGCAUUAGAGUUGAUAAGUUUUCAUCGUGGAAGAAAUCAAGGAACGGUUUCCAAAGGACUGAGGGAGAUUCAGGAAUGCUCAUGGAAUUUCUCUCGUAAUCGUGAGCCAAUCCUAACGGGAUCGAAAUAAGAGAGCACUGAUUCUACUGGAUAAAAUGAAAUGAGAAAGACUUGAUCUAACAGGAUUAAAUGAAAAUCCCAUUAAUAAAUCAAAUAAAAUAAUAGUAAUAAAUCAAAUAAUAAAUCUAAAAGGAUCUUACUGAAUAUUAAUGGAAUUUAUAUCAUAAUUCCAAGACGGUCCAGUAGGAUCAAACAAGAGAGUAUGGCAUGUAUGAUGCUAUUGCAAAAGGCAUUCAUGAGGUAAUCUAACAGGAUUUAUCAAAUAUUUCUGAAAUUUCUGUUAUAAUUAGGAGUCAAUGCAUAUGAGAUCCAACAGAAACCCUAGAUUAAUAAAAUAAACUUCUGAAUUCUGGGAAAAUGACAUUAAUCAUUUAAUCUACUAUGACUUUAUAGAGUUUCCAUAAUUU